GGACGCAGACUGAUCGGCCGCCAGUUGUGUGUCCACUGUGGAGAUGUUGUAGUCAGUCCUCUCAGGCUUCCCUCCGUCCAUGACUGAAGCUGUAGCACCGCCCGCUCCGUCACAAUGUGGAAACCCGCCGGUGGAUCAAUAAUCACCUUCAGCUCCGCGGCAGCACCGCGCGCUGCCGCCGCCGCGGUCACCUGUCUGCUCGUGACCGGGAUGCUGGUCGUCACCGUCGGUCACCCGAGCAGCGGAGACCCGGUGGAGCCUCCGGUCGCGGCGCCGGGCGGAAAAGUUUUCUCGGCGUAUUUCAGGAAACUCACCCGAGAGAGGAGAGCGAUGAGCGGCUCCGCGCGGAGGAGCGCUCCCGCCGGGCCGGUGGAGCGUCUCUCCCCGGAGGAUCUGUUCAUAGCGGUGAAAACCACCGGGAGGUACCACCGACAGAGGCUGGAUCUGCUGCUGGACACCUGGAUCUCCAGGAACAUGCAACAGACGUACGUGUUCACUGAUGGAGAGGACGAGAAGUUGAGGAAAAGGAUGGGAGAUCACCUGAUCAACACCAACUGUUCAGCAGCCCACAAUCGUCAGGCCCUCUCCUGUAAAAUGUCCCUGGAGUACGACACUUUCAUGAAGUCUGGCAAGAAGUGGUUCUGUCACGUCGAUGAUGAUAACUACCUGAACGUCGGCCCCCUGCUGAAGCUGUUGUCUCAGUACAGCCACACUCAGGACGUCUACAUCGGCCGGCCGAGCCUCGAACGACCGAUCGAGGCCACAGAGCGGCUCGGCACCACUGAGAUGAAGCAGGUGCGUUUCUGGUUCGCCACAGGAGGAGCAGGAUUCUGUCUGAGCCACGGCCUCGCCCUCAAGAUGAAGCCCUGGGCGAGUGACGGCACUUUCAUGUCGACGGCUGAGCUCAUCCGCCUCCCUGACGACUGCACCGUCGGUUACAUCGUGGAGGCGCUGCUUGGCGCGAGCCUCAUCCGCUCGGCGUUGUUCCACUCGCACCUGGAGAACCUGGGACUGGUGUCGGACACACACAGCCAGGUGACGCUCAGCUACGGCACAGUGGACAACAGCAGGAACACGGUCCAUCUGAAAGGAGCAUUUUCAGUAGAUGAAGACCCAACAAGGUUCAGGUCGGUCCAUUGUCUGCUGUACCCAGACACUCCGUGGUGCCCCAGCCCCCGGCGUCUUUAACACCUAACUGGAGACACAUUCAGACUGAUGGAGGAGGAGAAGACGUUUUUUUUUAUUUUUUUUAUGUCUGCCUAAACUCAAUUUUCUCUGUUGGAGACUGAGAUUAUCACAGGCGCCCAGGACUGUUGCUCCCAAGUGCUGAAGAAGCCCUGAAACACGCGGACAUGAACAAAUUCUUCACGUCCGACGGCACUCAGAGGAGAGUAGACGGACUUUUUAAGAGGAAAUGCAGUUUAAUGAGUUUGACACCUGAACUCUGCUUAGGCUCAAACUUCCAACAGGAGGAGAAGACAAAAGGCCAAACUCCUUGGAUGAAUAAGAAAUGGAGUGACAACUUUGCCGUUCUUGGAAAAAUGUAACGUUUGACCUGAAGGUGGAACAAGACAGAAAGUAGUGUUGUUACCUAAAUGAAAAAGGUUUAUCCUCAGUGGUGGCUCCAAACUGAGCCUGCCAGACCUGCCUUAUCUUUCACACCGUCCUCUAUCAUUUUUAGCUCUUUAGUUAACAUCAGGUGUAGUCAGGCUCAGCGUUAUCGUCAGCAUGCAAUAUUCAGGCUCCAAGUAAAUCUGGUCUGAUCAUGUCGUCGUAUGAAAAUAUUGUUCUCGACAAUGUGAGAGUCAUUUUUCGUUUGGUUUUCAUAGCAGUUAAACAAGUAAGGUAUAACAAGUUACGUCAGAGUGCUUAUAGAGCUGUUGUUACUGCUAGCUGUGGUGCUAAGCUAACGGUCUUAAUACAUAUAUGUCUUAAAUUAUCCCAUGAAUCAGAAUAUCGUAACCACCUUAUUUGGAGGUGAAACUGACAUGAUCACUGGUUGUCAUGCCAGUGCACAGAAAAACUUCACAUAGAAGUUCGAUAAGUAAAGUAGGUCAAAGUUGAACGAGGAAAUCAUCUCUACACCAGCGUACUUGUCUCGUCUUCCAAGUGAAUUUGACCGCCUGCUCGACUCUCUAGCCCCUCCAGAAAAAUUCAUUUUAGCAAUGCCGCGUUCCCAGAUCUUAGUACAGUAUUGUGGUUGGGUAUUUGAUGGGAUGGGCAAAAAACAGAAGGGUUCAAACAUUUGCAGUGUCUUUCUUCUCACCACUCUUCUCUGCUGUGAACGAUGUAAAUAUGUUGUUUGGUUGCUCACGUGCGACCCGACACACUCCAGUGUUAAACAGUUUGGAUUCAAUGCGUGAAGUGAUCGACACAGAGAUGCUGAAGGAACCAAUCAUGUAUUUUAUUUUAUUUUUUUUCGCAUAAUGAGGUGACAAACAUCAGAGCGAUUUUGAAGGUUCUGUAGAAUCCAGGUUUCUUAUCUGAAGGUUUUUUAUUUUUGUCAGUGUUCAGUAUUAUCCUUUCUCUGAAGUAUAAGAGCACUUUGUUGAUUCAUUUCUGCUGUUUGCAACUCAUCAUAUGACAAAAGGACAUUUGAAAAAAAAAAAAGUCAGACAUUUUGGGGAAAUCCACUCAUUCGUUUUCUCGACAGAAGUUGGAUGUCAAGAUUUAUCCAACACUCAUGUUUGUACGCUAAGUUUGAAGCUACCAGUUAGCUUAGCUUAGCCUGGCCGUGUCGAAUCUCAAGUUGUUCUUUUUCAAACAUCAUAUUGUGUUAAGAUGUAAUAUAUUAACUGUUGAGCUUUGGAGGUGCUCAUACACAGAUUACCCUCGGACAAAACCUUGCUAGCUAGCUGUUUUCUCCUGUUGCCAGUCUUUUGACUUAGCUAAGCUAAGCUAAGCUAAAUAGCUGCUGGUUCUAGUUGUAUAUUUACGUACACACAUGAGAUUGGUAUCAAUCUUUUCAUCUAACUCCUAUGACACUUUUUCCAUCCUGGACUCGUCCAGUGAGCCCUGUGUAGCAAAGUAUUCUUCCAAAAAGGUGGAUAUCACCUGUCUCUAUCCAUUUCAAUGGAUGGAUCAUGUUUGUUAAUGAUUUAAAAUGUUAUACAGUAGCAGUAUAACAAAGAUCUUCCCCUUUUGAGGUUUUAUUGACAAGUGACUCAUGUUGGGUCGUCUUCUAUCUUUCUGUGCGUUGAAAGCAGUUGUUACAACUGAGUGAAAAUUAAAUUCUGUCCCUCGUUAAAUGAAUGUAAAUGAUGAACUGUUGCUUGUGAGGCGGACAUGCUCUCUCCAGUAUCUGGACUGUAUGUGGACAUUAUGGUUAGCCUAAUAAAAAAAAAAAACAGUUUUUGGUCAGA